AUGGCGCUCCGACUCUCGACUCCGCUGUUCAUAGCAGAUCGCGUGCGAACUAGCUGGACUUACAAGCAUCCGCGCUACAGCGGCGGCGUGCGGUUCUCCGUGCCGCGAUUCAUGGUCACGAAGCGGACGUUUUUGUCGACAAAGUUCCGCCGGCCUGCUUCCGUCACCAAAUGGGGCAAUCCGCAGCACACGCUGCCCUCGAAGCUUGCGGAGCAGCCGGCCGACAGCGCCGCAGGCCCUGCGCGCAGUCAAGGCGCAAAGGGAGGCGAAGCGGCGGAGAAGCUUCAGGGCGCCUCAGAGAAGGCGCAUGCGCCCAAAUUCUGCGACAUGCUGUAUCUCCACCAAGAAGACCAGAAACGCAAGAUUCGCCCGCACGCGAAUUUCUUCUUUCGGUGA